GAGAGAAUUUUGCGAACGGGAGAAUCGUGCAGCUCGCAACUGGCGGUCAGCUUUUAUUCUGUUGCUCGCUGACAUUAGUAUUAGCAUAUACAACCCAGAACGUAGCCUAUAUCUGUGUGCACUCUGACUGUCGCGGGUUGCAAUUAUGUAUUCUUGCUGGGGAAUGAGAAUGAGGUUGACAACAAUUCAACGUUUUAACUCAUACGACAUGAAAAUCCAAGUUGAAGGAACGAGGCUAAAAGGAUACAUUUCCUGCGCGUUACAUAAUCAUCACAAGUCGCCUUGCAACCGACAGCUUUACGAAGAUUUUGAUGAAAACCAUCUGCAUUUGUUUAGCUUGCGUGGAGGGAGUCGAAUCACGGAGAAUAACAGCCAAAAGAGUUGGGGACCCAAGCGCUUUAUUGAAGCUGCGCAUUUGGGACGGCAGAGUACCCCGUGUGUUUCGGUCCCCACAAGUGCUCAAAGUAGUUACCAUCUUCGUAACCGCCAUAACACGGGGUCUCCUUUUUUUGGGGAGACCAGGAGUGACACUCAUACCAGGAGGUUCCAGAGACUGGGUGUCAUUGAGCCAGGUUUUUUGACGUUUGGAGCCGGACGCGUUCGUCUUGUAUUCCCUACAACGGCUGUGCAAAUGAGGGCUUCGUCCACCGCUGUCGCGCAGAAACGCGAGGCACUACCGGAGGAUACAGCUGCUGACCUCAAAGCGGACCAGCCCCAGGGUGAGGCCUCGGGCACGGGCACCCAGGGGCCUGCAACAGCAGAGCCCAAACCAGAGGGGCCCCAGCCACCAGGGCCCGAACCAGAGGGGCCCAAACUGAACAAGACCCAGCAGCUGAAGAAGCUGUUCAAGGAGUACGGAGCGGUGGCCAUCGUGGCCCACAUCGGGAUCUCGCUCACAUCGCUGGGGAUCUGCUACCUGGUCAUCUCCAGUGGGAUCGACAUGGCCUCCAUCCUCUCUAAGCUGGGCUUCAGCGAGGCCAUUGUGCGAUCCAAGAUGGCGGCCGGGACCAGCACGUUUGUCCUGGCCUACGCCGUGCACAAGCUGCUGCUGCCUGUGAGGGGCACCCUCACGCUGGCUUCCGUGCCUCUCAUCGUCCGCUACUGCAGGAGAACGGGGCUGUUCAAGCCCCCGGCGACCCCCCCCUGAGCGCCCACCCCCCCGCCCUCUACUGGGACUGCCUGUCUGAUUCAGGGGCAGGAACGCUACUGCAAUCCCCCACCCCU